GAAGUUGUAUCUCUCAAUCUGCAGGAAGUUGUAUCUCUCAAUCUGCAGGAAGUUGUAUCUCCCAAUCUACAGGAAGUUGUAUCUCUCAAUCUACAGGAAGUUGUAUCUCUCAAUCUACAGGAAGUUGUAUCUCUCAAUCUACAGGAAGUUGUAUCUCUCGAUCUGCAGGAAGUUGUAUCUCUCAAUCUACAGGAAGUUGUAUCUCUCAAUCUACAGGAAGUUGUAUCUCUCAAUCUACAGGAAGUUGUAUCUCUCAAUCUGCAGGAAGUUGUACCUCUCAAUCUACAGGAAGUUGUAUCUCUCUCUAUCUACAGGAAGUUGUAUCUCUCAUCUAUCUGCAGGAAGUUGUAUCUCUCAAUCUGCAGGAAGUUGUAUCUCUCAAUCUACAGGAAGUUGUAUCUCUCAAUCUACAGGAAGUUGUAUCUCUCAAUCUACAGGAAGUUGUAUCUCUCGAUCUGCAGGAAGUUGUAUCUCUCAAUCUACAGGAACUUGUAUCUCUCAAUCUACAGGAAGUUGUAUCUCUCAAUCUACAGGAAGUUGUAUCUCUCAAUCUGCAGGAAGUUGUAUCUCUCAAUCUACAGGAAGUUGUAGCUCUCAAUCUACAGGAAGUUGUAUCUCUCAAUCUACAGGAAGUUGUAUUUCUCAAUCUGCAGGAUGUUGUAUCUCUCAAUCUACAGGAAGUUGUAUCUCUCAAUAUGCAGGAAGUUGUAUCUCUCAAUCUACAGGAAGUUGUAUCUCUCAAUCUGCAGGAAGUUGUAUCUCUCAAUCUACAGGAAAUUGUAUCUCUCAAUAUGCAGGAAGUUGUAUCUCUCAAUCUGCAGGAAGUUUUAUCUCUCAAUCUGCAGGAA